GGAGAGGGGCGGCUCCCCUGACGUCACCACGUUCACCCUGACGCUGUCGGACUGUGGACUCUCUGGACUGCAGCGGCGGCGGGGAAGUUAGCGAACCAGUUGAGCACGAUUUUCAACAAAGCACCGUAAUUGAAUAAGAUCAGAGAUGGCCCUCACACAAGUGUCCUCUAACAAGUGCGCUGGUGGCUUCCAGAAGGUUUUUGAACAUGACAGCACUGAGCUCAAGUGUAAGAUGAAGUUUGCCAUCUACCUGCCUCCCAAGGCUGAGACGGACAAAUGUCCCGUCAUGUACUGGCUGUCUGGCCUGACGUGCACGGAGCAGAACUUCAUCACCAAAGCUGGCAGUCAGCUCGCUGCUGCCGAGCACGGCAUCAUCGUCGUGGCUCCGGACACCAGCCCACGUGGCUGUAACAUCGAGGGGGAGGAUGAGAGCUGGGAUUUCGGCACUGGAGCUGGUUUCUAUGUCGACGCCACGCAGGACCCCUGGAAGACCAACUACCGCAUGUACUCCUACGUCACUGAGGAGCUCCCCAAGUUGAUCAACGCUAACUUCCCCACUGACCCAGACAGGAUGUCCAUCAGCGGACACUCCAUGGGCGGCCAUGGAGCGCUCACCUGUGCCCUGAAGAACCCUGGGAAAUACAAGGCGGUGUCGGCAUUCGCUCCCAUCUGUAACCCCAUGCAGUGUCCCUGGGGACAGAAAGCCUUUUCAGGAUACCUGGGCUCUGACAGGUCCACGUGGGAGGCGUACGACGCCACCGUGUUGGCGGCGGCGUACUCCAGCCCUCAGCUCGACAUCCUGAUCGAUCAGGGCCGUGACGACCAGUUCCUGUCAGCCAGCCAGCUGCUUCCCGACAACCUGAUCGCCGUCUGCUCCGAGAAGAAAAUCCCCGUCGUCUUCAGACUGCAGCCGGGCUACGACCACAGCUACUACUUCAUCUACUCCUUCAUGAACGACCACAUCAAGCACCACGCCAAGUACCUCAAUGCCUGAACCGCCAACUGAGAACGAGGCUGUUCAGGUCGGCUGAAGGCUAAAUAGGAAAAAAACUCUUUCACAUGCGUUUUGAGGAAACUGAGCCACAGUUUUCAGACGAUGUUUCUCAAAUAUCAGAGGAAAUGUAUUCUCUCCUGCGACUUGACAGUGAUCAUGUGGUUUUGCUGAGCCGGCCUUUUGUUGUUGCAGCAGUCAGAGAACAGUCUCAGCUGUGAUUUUCAGAAUAAAAUCCUCCGUUAUUCA